UUACAUCCGCCAAACGCAGAUAUCUGAGACAUCGCAAACACAGAUAAGACACCAAUGUGCAGGGCGCUUCACCGCCCCCACCACCCACUUACCAGUAAUUGCCUGAUCGUCUGCGGGGGUCACGCACGCCGCUGCAGCGACGCACUGGACGCCCCUGCGCACACGCACGUCACCACACAACACACACCACAUCCAUCACCAUGCUGCUGCGCGCACACCUGCAUUCACUCAUUCGUCUGCUGCUCACCCUCAUUCGGAUUGACGGCCGUAGAGGGUACCGCUCCGAUGGCGUUAGCGGCAAACAGCUCCGCUUGACGUUGCUGCUCCACUUGACAGUUCUGCACACAGCAUACAGCCACAGCCACAUAGACACACAGACACACAGACACACAGAUGGUCCAAGACACCCGCUCUCGCGUCCCUCCCUCCCUCUCUCUCUCUGUUAUCUGCUGACCUCUGUCUCCUCCUUGGCUUUCUUUGCCUUCUUCCUUCGCCGCCUCGUCUCACUCUCAGAGGAGCCAGAGGAGCUGCUGUUGUUACUGUCGCUGCCGCUGCCGCUGCCGCUGCCGCUGCCGCUGCCGCUGCGGCUGUCCUGGCCGCUGUCGUCGCCGCUGUCGUCGCCGCUGUCCUGGCCGCUGUCGUCGCCGCUGUCGUCGCCGCUGUCGUCGCCGCUGUCGUCGCGCUUCCUCUUUGCCUUCUCCCUCUGCCGCCUCGUGUCACUCUCAGAGGAGCCAGAGGAGCUGCUGCUGUUAUUGUCGCUGCCGCUGCCGCUGCGGCUGUCCUGGCCGCUGUCGUCGCCCCUGUCGUCGCCCCUGUCGUCGCGCUUCCUCUUGCGCUCAUCACGGUCACUGUCAGCAGCGUCUUCACCGAUGUCCUGGUCCUCCUCAUCGCCUACAAACCUGCGACAGAGACGCUUGGACCUGAUAAAAAGAGGACACGGGAAUGCCACCCCAUGCUGCAUUGGACUGGUGAGGUGGAUCUUCAUUUGUUUAUACGAUUGCUUACGCGGGUGGUUGUCCCUCUGGUUGCAUGUAGCCGAAGGGCAUGGAUGGGAGUCGUCCCUCAGGUCCCCCCUGCACCUCCCGCAGCCGCUCCACCGCCCACUCGCCCGUGAGCGCCUUCUCGUCGGGCGGCGGCGGGUAGCCUGCCCCCGGGGACAUCUCCUCGGCACGGGGACGCUUCGGCACACGAGCAGGGUACUGGAACGGCGUGUCGCUGGCGAAACAACAGACGAGUGAGUGAACAGCAGUCAUCGAUUCGCAAGUAGGUGUCUGGGUAAAGGGUCUUACUUGGGUGUUGAGCAUGAGAUGACGAGUUGCUGGUGUUGUUCGAGAGCCUGCUCUGCCUUGUCUGGAUCCACCUCAUGGGUGUAGCCACGUCGGGUGGGGGUGUACAUGAGGGCCUUGACGUGUGCCGCCACGCUCUGGGCGAAGGGAGAGAGCGCGUUACCACGAGUGUUAUACCCUCCCUCCAGUACCGACACUGAUGAAUCGAUACAGACACAGAAAUACAGCGUGCAUCGGCAAAUGCGGGUCUUGUGUUUGUGCUUGUCAUUCGUUGCCGGCCUACCAACUCUGGCGUUUCCAUGAUCGUUUGCGACGGUCAUGAGCUUCUGAGUGGCCCACUCGUAGUCCCACUCAGUCAGAAUAGACAUAGUAUGGCCGCCCAGGUCAUCCUCUUUGUGGCCGUCAAACCCCGCCGAGAUGAAGAUGAUGUCUGUACACCACACAGAAGGGUAAAAGAGGAAGAAUGAAGGGACUCGCUGUCAUCGCUGUCUGUCUGUCUGUCUGUCUUACCUGGUUUGAAUUUCCUGAGUGGCUGGAGCACCUCGGUCUCAAAGUGGAGCCGGAAGCCAUACACCUUCUCCCUGAAGGCAUGCUCUGUCCGCUCCUUCAGCCAGCGCCGCGCCAUCCCGCCUUCGCCACCAUUCUCACCCGCCCCCUCAUGCUGCUGUGACGCAUCCAUCCCCUCGAGGCCGGCUAGCCUGUGCUGCUCGUCAGUGUUGGUGCAGUACAUGAGGGGGCGGAGGGGUACAUUGAUGAUGGUGGGGGAGGGGCCAAGGGGGGGCGAGCCGACACUCUCGCUGCCCUGCACGUUGGGGCGGUCGUGUGUGGGGCCGCCGGUCCCGGGGUAGAAAUUGGUCGACGGAUCAUAGACUGGAAAGAGAACAAAAGGCACCGGAGACAGACCAAUCAGAUGGUGAUGUUGUGGCUUGCUUUGUGGUGUGGUUACCAUGUAUGGAUGCGAAGAAUAUGUUGUCUGGAUCCGUCUCGUCGAGCCACAGCUGGAAGGCGUCCUCCGUCAACGUCAGGCUCUGCGCCCGCACGAAGUGGCCUGAACCAGCUGGGAACGACACCUGCGCCCGCAUGAAGCGGUCUGAACCAGCUGGGAACGACACCUGCACACAGCCGCCACAACACCGGAAAGACAGAGACAGAUAGAGUGGGGGCCAGUUAUUCGUAUUAGGGAAGGACCGAUGAGUUGAGCUCACCUUCUGCUGCCUGACGCGUCUUCGGACAUUUCGCACGAUGACCUCCGUGCCGUUCCCAUGGUGGACGUUGAAAUCCACGAUAGCGACCCGCUCCACACCUACACAUUCACUCAUUCACAUACACACAGGCGAUUAGAAAGCAACAUCAGAUAACGUACCGUGCCUCCGAUGGACUGCGCGAGCGUAGGCAGCCCCGAUGGCCACAUUGUUGAGCAGACAAAAGCCUUGGCUGCCCACACUGUGAGACACACGGACAGCACAAACAUUCAUCCAUCCAUCUGCCCAUUGUUUGUGAGUGUAUGUGGUUGGUAUGCAUGUGUACAUGAGGUCUUCGUCUUGAGUGUCCUCCACGUUGGCCCCAGCUGGACCCAAAUGGUGACCGGGUGGACGGACUGCGCACAGCAAGGAAAAACCAACAAGAUGCAUGCAUACAUCCACGAAUCACAUGUCUCUUUGCACGUACUUGCGCAGAAGGCAUUUCUGAUGUUGGUCGUUGGGUCCAUGACCUGGUCCACCUGCAUUUUAAGGCACAUGGCUUGACUAAGCUUUGGCAUUAAGAGGAGGUCUCUGGUGGUGUUCUGCAACAACCUACCGCCUCAAUGACCGCGCCCGCAGCACACAUGGCCGCACUGAGCGAGUGGGAGCUCAGCGGAGUGUCUCCGUCGAAAUCUACAUGAAGCAUACACCACACAGGGGAAAUGGAUAUGUAGCCAAGGCUGUUGGCGUGUGGUCUGGCAUCUCACCUGCCCGAGCGCCGGGGUUGUCCCGAAUCUGCUGGGUGCUGACGCAUCAAGAGGGAGAAUACACAGGUGCAGAUGUUCACUGCUUGCUCAUUUCAUGCCGUCUCGCUGUUGGCUGCUUACGCCGCUUUGAGGCUGUCGAUGUAUUUGAGUUCGUGGACGCGGAGGAUGUCUGCCAUACUGACGGGGAGCGGGUCACUGAUGAGCACAGUGCUCUGGAAGCCCGCCGUUUGCAACACACCGAGCCGCUCCUUCACCAACACCUGCAGGCAUGUAUUGAGCAGUCAUCUGCGGUUGAUUGUCUGUGUGUCCAUUUGGUGUAGCUGACCUCCAUUCGUGUGGCAUUUUCUGGCGUGUCCUGGAUUCGCUGAAACCGCGUAUUGGGGUCGUCUGAGGGCUCGGGCAGCUCCAGGUGCUUGCUGCACACAAACGUACGCAACCAGAGCGACAAUCGAUACAGCCGUACCAUGCACGUGUGCAGUGAACACAUUUUCGGGGAGCUUACGGGCACUCUGGGUGCGUGAUGAUUGCAGUGCGGAGCUUGGUGGGUAUGCCCGACUCUGAGUUGCCCUCUCCCAACAGCAAAGGGCCGUCCUGCCGCAAUUGGCAUACCUGGGACUUGAUCGACUCGAUCGACACUAAAGACACACAGACAGACAGGCAGGCAGGCAGACAGACAGAAACAUGGAUAUGAGACCCUCGUUGGAUCCCUUUCCAGCUGACUGACCAGGCUCAGCUUCCCGCUCCUGCAGAACGUCAAUGACGUGGGCGAACUCAUCUUGGUAACCACAGUGCAGAGCUGCCUGGCGAAACUCAUCCAUCACUUCCUGAACACAUACAUGGCCAACAACAGGAAGCACAAUGAGGGCGCCAAAUCAAAGCAUCUGCAUGGACGUCAUUCUUGUGCGUCAUCUGCUGCUCACAUCCUUAAUCUUUUCCCCGCGCGCAGCGAAGAUCAGCAAGGCCAUCAGACAACGCCACGCACCCCUGUUGGCAACAAAUGGAAUAACAAAACAGUCAGCGUCUAUGGCCAAUUCCAUCUAUGCAUCGUAUCGUCAUUAUCUUGCCUUUCGAUGGCUCUGAGUAUGUGGGCCUUGGUGACUUGGAUGCCUCCCUCCACGAGCGGCUCGACGCACAUCCAUGCAUCCGGCGUCCGCGAGUCGAUGGCGUAAUCGAGCGCCAGGUUGCCAUAGUGGUCCUGGCACACAGCAACCGGGCGCAUGCAGCAGACGGGCUUGAUUCAUGUCUUUUAUGUGUGCAUACCGGUAUCCUGGGGUCUACGUGAUCGAGGAGAAACUGAACGAGAUCUGCGGCGCCAGCCUGGGCAGCGCGGUGCAGCACGGUGCAGCCGAGGAAGUCACGAGCGUCACACGAGGGGCUGGGGUGCUCGAAACCAACCAAUAACUUGAGGCACUCCAGCACGUCACCGCGGUACUCCUCAAACCCUGACAGGUACACACACCAGAGGUGCACCCAGUCCAUCCAUGAAUGCUGGUGUGAUGUCAUUGAGUGCCUCCCCGCCUCCCUUCCUCCCCUAACAACGCACCAGCCAUCGCCAGAGGAAGAAUGAUGGUGGGUAUGUUGUUGUAGCCCCCCUCCAGGCUCAGAAUGUCCUCAUUCAGCCACGCCCCCUUGCCCUUCCCCUUCCCCUUUCCCUUCCCCUUCCCCUUUCCCAGGCCGCCGCUGCUCUCGAUGUGGUGGGCCGCGCGGACGACCUCUACAGCUGUGCGCAUCAGGGCCUGCAGAAACUUCGCUUUGGCGUGCAAUAAACACAAUUUCGCCGGCGGCAGCUCAGCGCAAUUCGCACCGUCACCCACAAUGCCAAUACCUGCAAACAAACAGACUACGAAUAUAAGAAGACCUGUGUCUCUGUGAGUCGUGCUUUUUUCCCUUCCAUUACGGGAUUGGUAAUGUGGGAGCCCCAGUGCUGUCUCGAAGUCCUCGAAGUUGUCGGAGUAUAUCAUAUCCCCCAGCUCCCGUCCGUAGAAUCUGUCGAAGUUGUCUCGCGUAAUGAAUUGGCGCACGAUGACAUCUUCAGGGAGGAUAUCGGCGAUCUCACCGACGGGUCUGCCGCCGGGCGAAGGAGUGAAGAGGUUGGGGAGGAGCGGCUGGGAAGGCAUAUUAUCUUGGUCCAUGGAAGAGGUCUCCUCCUCCUCUUCCUCGCUCUCUUCGUCCUCAUCCGCGGCCGGCUCCUCGUCCUGGUCCUGCAGCUCGAUGUCUGCGUCAUGGGAUGGCUGUUCGGUGUCCAUCUGAUCGUAUUCGCCGCCCUCGACAUCCAUCAGAUUCUCCUUACUCUGCCCGCUCAACCGGCCCACCCCCUCCCCGUUGAUGUGCACCUCCUCGUUGAACCGCACUUUCUUCAUGGGUCGGCUCGGCAGCGAGGGAGGAGGCACAUGGACCAAUGGCUGCACGGCCGCUGCACUGGCCGAGGCACUCGCCGAGGCACUGGCCGAUGCACUCGCCGAGGCACUGGCCAAUGCACUCGCUGCUGCCGGGCCGCUUUGAAGACGCCCGCCGUCUGUCGGUGGCCGUUGCCGCUUGGACCCAUUCCCAUUGCCCAU